GGUGCAGGGGCUGGUAGUGGUUUGGGCGGAGGCUUCGGAGGUGGCCUUGGAGGUGGCUUUGGUGGGGGUUUUGGCGCUGGCUUUGGUGACUUUGGUGGCGGCGACGGCGGCCUCCUCUCCGGCAACGAGAAGCUCACCAUGCAGAACCUCAACGACCGGCUGGCCUCCUACCUGGACAAGGUGCGCGCCCUGGAGGAGGCCAACGCCGACCUGGAGGUGAAGAUCCGGGACUGGUACCAGAAGCAGAGCCCCAGCAGCCCGGAGCGGGACUACAGCCACUUCUACAAGAUCAUCGAGGACCUGCGGGACAAGAUCCUGGGGGCCAAGAUCGACAACUCCCGGGUCAUCCUGGAGAUCGACAAUGCCAGGCUGGCGGCAGAUGACUUCAGACUCAAGUAUGAGAACGAGCUGGCCCUGCGCCAGAGCGUGGAGGCCGACACCAACGGCCUGCGCAGGGUGCUGGAUGAGCUGACCCUGACCAAGACCGACCUGGAGAUGCAGAUCGAGAGCCUGAACGAGGAGCUGGCCUUCCUGAAGAAGAACCACGAGGAGGGUGUGUCGCCACGGAGAGCAAGGGCAUCCCUGGGAGGUGGUGGCGGCAAAGUUCGCAUCAACGUCGAGGAGACAGUGGACGGGAAGGUGGUUUCUUCUCACAAGAGAGAGGUCUGA